AUGCCGGUCAGGGACCUGCGGCUGCCCAGUGCGUGGGUGUGCCGCAUUGCAGACACCCGGUGCUCGCUCUGGGGACCCCGUUGGCCCUAUCCAGUGAUGGAUGGAACCAAGGAAGGGACACAGAAAAUUUUAUGUUUCCAGACAUACUACAUUAGCAUGACUAAGCAAAGUCCGCGCAAGCUCCCCGAAGCUGGGCUGAGCCCAGGCCAGAGCCCCAGGAGAGGCAACGCGGAGCCCAGCUCGCGCCCAGCGCUCGUCCCGGGCCCCAGCGCCAUGCAGUCGGCUGUGGGCUCCGUGCUGUCCGCAUUCCUGCGCGAGCUCCCCGGCGGGCUCCUGCUCGCCGGGCUCUUCCUGCCUGGGGCUCUGCUGCUCUUCCUCCUCAUUGCCUGCUUCAGGGCCAGCCUGCUGGAAGUAAAUGGAGAACUGCCUCUGACUCCUGAUGGCCAAUCCAAGUGCAAGGGCUGCUUUUCCCUAUCCCAGCAAAUGAAACGGAGAUGACUGUUGGAAGUAAUCAAUAUCUAAAGCACAAUGAACCUCUGAUUAUGACCAACGGUCCACAGUUGAGCUAAGAAAGUAGACUGAUAAACUAAAACAGCAGAAUGAAUAGAAUAUUAAGAGGGCUGUUCUGAGUCCCAUUGGAAAGUAUCUUCUGUGAGACUCAGCUUUAAAGGCAGCUCUUCAGGAAGUGCCAAGAGGACUGACACAUGGUGCUUUGCUGUUACUACCACUGUUUACUUUGAAAGGUAUAUUCUAAAGGUGAAAUUAUUGGACAUCGUUACUACCUAAUCGCACAGAAGCCCACAUUACUGAUGUUCCAGGUGAAGAAACCAGUAGAGAUCAAGUGAAUAGCGAAAGGUGGGAGCCAUGCGCAGAACUUCAGGUGGCAGGCCUCCAGCCUGCUCCAACGGCAGUUCAGCAGCAUUUACGGGACAUCAGCUCAAAACAGCGCUUCAGACCUGAGUGUGCAUCUCUCCAUUUCCUAGCCGAAUCAUCACGGUGAUAAACACAAGCCAACUCCCCCAAAAGGAGGCCUGGCUCACUCACCAACGCAGCUCUUGGUGUGGGACCUGGAGAUACUGACCAAGUGGGGCUGGGAAAAGGAAAGGAGAAGACAAUGUUCACGUAAUUCCUGA